GCGUCCGAGCAGCUGAUUGGGAGCAGACGACGCGCCCGGACCUCUCGUUGGCCGGACGCUGGCGGCCAAGAUUAUAUAUAGAUCUCCUGGCCAUUUCUGCCGGGUUUGUGAGUGAGGCCUGAGCCUUCGUGAAGAAGCCUCCUUCCCCUCCUCUCUUGCUCUCGCUUCAUCUCACUUUCGACCUUCCGAGGAGCAUAAGGGAAAACUAGCCAGAAUGGAGCUCUCUUUGGUGGAUCAGUUAAGAGAGAAGCUCGAAAAGGCUAAAUUGUCUCGCGAAGAACUGCAGAGAAUUUUUCCUCCGAGCGUUUUCAAGAAGGACAGACACGAGGCACCACCUUAUGUCCCCUACUCCUUCCAGAAACAAAAACAGGAAGCUCAAAAAAGGCUAAACCAGCCCGGAGUUCCAGUCAAGCCUAAGAUUCCCCGGAGCCAAGUGAAGAAAUACCUGAAGGAAUUUGCUGAAGCAAAGGAAGCAGGACGUUUCGCACACCUUCCUUCGGAGCAGCUUGCCAGGCUUGAGGAGGAGGUCAAGGCAGCAGCUUCAGAUGCGGAUAAAGCAAGUGAGCUCGAAGAAUUUCUAAGGGCUGUCCGUGAAGAAGAAGCAAAAUCAAAAGAGGACGGGGAAGUUUUACAGGGAAGAGAUCACCUUGGUGGGCAAGUGCAAGGAGCCGAGGGGAUCGAUGUCCGAGGCUUAGAAGAAGGCAAGCUAUUUGAGCCGAAGCAAGAACCCUUUGUACCACCACCGAUUGAGGAAGUGAUUCCUCCUCCACCAGAAUUUCCUGCAGAUCCUUGGCAAGCUUUCCUAGACUACAUGGCGGCCACGGAAGGACAGGACGCCCAGGUGAAGAUGGGCCUGGAGGGUCAUGUAAUUGAAAGAGGCAUGCACAAGGGCAAGGGUGUCGCCGUCUUCACCAGUGGAGGCGACUCCCAGGGCAUGAAUGCUGCUGUCCGUGCUGUAGUUCGCAUGGGCCUGUAUGUUGGUGCUCGGGUAUUCUUCAUCAAGGAGGGUUACCAGGGUAUGGUAGAUGGUGGUGAGCACAUUGUAGAAGCAACUUGGUCCAGCGUCUCAGGCAUCAUCCAUAAGGGUGGCACAGUCAUCGGCUCAGCCCGUUGCAAAGACUUCCGUGACCGUGAAGGGCGCAUGAAGGCUGCUAAGAACCUGAUCAAGCGGGGUAUCACAAACCUGGUGGUAAUUGGUGGUGAUGGCUCACUCACUGGUGCCAACCUCUUCAAGCAGGAUUGGGCAGCACUUCUCCAGCUGCUGCUCAAGAAAGGUGAAAUCACUGAGGAGGAGAAAUCCAAGCACACCCAUCUGAACAUUGUGGGCAUGGUGGGUUCCAUCGACAAUGACUUCUGCGGCACGGACAUGACCAUCGGCACCGACUCGGCUCUCCACAGGAUCAUCGAGGCUGUGGAUGCCAUUGCCUCGACUGCCUACUCCCACCAGCGCUGUUUCAUCCUGGAAGUCAUGGGCAGGCACUGUGGGUAUUUGGCUCUUGUUGCUGCUCUGACCUCCGAGGCUGAUUACGUUUUCAUUCCUGAAAAUCCUCCUCCAGAAAACUGGCAGGAAAAGAUCUGUGGCAAGCUGCAGCAGGAACGGUCAAUGGGUCAGCGCUUGAACAUCAUUUUGGUCGCAGAAGGAGCAAUCGAUCAGCAGGGCGAGCCCAUUACAGCAGAAGGAGUGAAGAAGGUUAUUGUCGACCAACUUGGUUUUGACACUCGCAUCACCGUGUUGGGUCACGUCCAGCGUGGCGGUUCACCUUCUGCCUUUGAUCGUCUCUUGGGUUGUCGUAUGGGUGCUGAAGCUGUUCUGGCCCUCAUGGAAGCCACCUCAGAUACAGAACCCUGCGUCAUCUCCCUGGACGGCAACCAGGCUGUUCGCGUUCCUCUGAUGGCUUGUGUGCUGAAGACCCAAGCUGUUGCUCGAGCUAUGCAGGACCGCAACUGGGAGCAGGCUGUGCAAAUGCGUGGCAGAAGCUUCGCCAGGAACCUGGAGACGUACAAGAUGCUGACGAGGCUGAGGCCCCCUAAGCCUCUGGAGGGAAAGGCGGGACUUGUACGGCAAAACACUAUAUGGGACAGAGAUGAACUCUUGGGAGGCUUCAACUUGGGCGUCAUGCACAUUGGUGCCCCCGCCUGUGGCAUGAACGCAGCCGUAAGGUCCUUCGUGCGUAACAGCAUCUACCGCGGAGACACCGUCUAUGGUAUCCAUGAUGGUGUUGAUGGCCUCGUCGAGGGUAAUAUCCAGGAAAUGACUUGGUCAGAAGUGACUGGCUGGGUUGGCCAGGGAGGCGCUUUCUUGGGUACUAAGCGCACAUUGCCUGACAAGUACCUUGACCAGAUUGCUGCACGCUUCAGGGAAUAUAAGAUACACUCUAUCCUGAUUGUGGGUGGCUUCGAGGCCUACCACGCUCUGCUCCAGAUGUAUGAGGCUCGUGGAAAGUACCCCGAGUUCUGCAUCCCAAUGGUUGUCAUCCCGGCCACCAUCAGCAACAAUGUCCCUGGCAGUGACUUCAGCUUGGGAUGUGAUACCUCCCUCAAUGAGAUUGUCGAGAUUUGUGACCGUAUCAGGCAGUCGGCUCAAGGCACCAAACGUCGUGUGUUUGUUGUAGAAACCAUGGGUGGAUAUUGUGGCUAUUUGGCAACACUUGCAGGUUUGGCUGGUGGAGCAGAUGCUGCUUACAUCUAUGAAGAAUCAUUUGGCAUUCAGGAAUUGCAACUGGAUGUUUAUCACAUGGCAGCCAAAAUGGCUGAGGGAGUCCAGCGUGGCCUGGUUCUCCGCAAUGAAAAUGCCAAUGAGAAUUAUACCACAGACUUUAUUUUCCGUCUCUAUUCUGAGGAAGGAAAGGGCAUCUUCAGCUGUAGGAAAAAUGUGUUGGGUCACAUGCAACAGGGUGGCUCUCCAUCUGUGUUUGAUCGUAAUAUGGGCACCAAGAUGGCUGCCAAGGCUGUUAACUGGAUGACUGAGGAGAUGCUUAAGUAUCGUCGUCAAGAUGGAUCCGUUUUCUGUGAUGAGGCUUCAACGGCAGUAUUACUUGGUCUGCAGAAGAGAGCAUAUCAGUUCCAGCCCGUGGCAGAGCUCAAGCGCCAGACAGACUGGGACCGUCGCAUUCCCACAAAUGAAUGGUGGCUGAAGCUGCGUCCUCUCCUCCGAAUUUUGGCCAAGCAUGAUGCCGCCUACCAUGAGGAGGGCAUCAAUGUGAAGGAAGUUGAAGAAGCACUUGAUUAAGGUGUCGCAAAUAACCUCAGUGUACAGAGACCUAUGGUUACAUCUUUUGAGUAUUUAUUAAUUUUCUGGUGAAUUCUGAUGCUGAUGGAGAUGAUGUAAAGUUAUUAUUGUUGUUUUGUUUAAAGAUAAAAAUUUUAUAUUUAUUAUUUAUGCAAUCAGUGAUAGUAGGGGAAAUUAUGUAUAAAAUAUAUAUAUAUGUAUACACACACAAACAUUUUAAGUGUCAUUGUGUCAUUGUGUCAUUAAUUUAGGAAAUUGGUAAGCCUGUUUGGUCACCAGUUUCUUUCAUUAUUUAUUUUACAAGUGAGGAGAUUUAAGUUUUUGAGGACAGACAGAGUUACAUUAAAUAUUAUCCAAGAGCAGAUAGGGUAACUUAUUUAAAAUGCCCAUUAGGAAAGAGAGUAGAGUAACAGUAGACAAAGCACGGUGAAAUGUCAUUUCUGACGAUUUGUGAUAUGGGGUUCUCUAAAGUUAAUUGAACAAGUAGCUUGCUGUCCUCCUGUUUUGAAAAUGAUGUAAAAUGAUACUGUAUUUUUUAUUAGAAACUCAGGCCAUACUUCUUAAACACUUUUUUUGUCUGUUUGUUUUGUAUUUAAAAAGCAUGACAAUUUCCUGUACAAAGCUUUUUUUUAUUGAAAUUGAGUAAAGCAGGCACCUACUUGGAGGAAGUAGACACUAAUCCUCAGCAAUAUUACUGAGUGUGUUUAUUUAUUGAUGUUGUAGCAAAGACAAGGCAGUAAUGUACAGUAGUCAUCAGUAUUGAUGCUUGUGCAGGUAAAUAAGACCAUAAGAGUGACUAUUUCUAUUGGGCAAGGAGUAUUUACUUUAUAUGUGUGUCUGCAAAGGAUCUGUGUGAGAUGGUAUAGUUUAAAAUGUUGAGUAAAUACCCAUAGAAAGCUUGGAAAUAUUCACCUGAUAUUUUCUUGUUUGCCAGUUAUUGUAGUUGAGCUCAUGCCAGUGCUGGUGCAUUCCAUGCUUUCAGAUAGUCUGUAUAAAUGUACUUUGAAAAUAUAGUUUUUUUUUUAUCAAUUGGCUGUGCUGUGUUCAUAUAUUUUUCUUUGUAAUCUAUAUCAGCAAAAUACUGCCACUGUUAUGAUUUAUAAAGAACUGUAAAAGCUAAGUUAUUUGCAGGAGUGCGUCUAGUCAAGCUCAGAUCACCGGGAAAAGAAAGUUUUGCACCAUCUCUUCCUCAUAUUAACCCAUAAUCAUAUUCAAGAUACACUCAUAUCUUAUUUGUCAUCCUUUAUAAACGAAGGGCUUCAUGGAACAUUCAUAUAAACUCUCUCCUCUUUAAUAACAAAAUAAUCUCUACUAGACACCAUAUCUUGUAAAUUUUCUCUUAAAUGCUUUGUUUUUAGUUGUUAUUCAUUCAGAAAUGUUCCAUGUAGCAAAACGACAGGCUUCAAGUGUGUUCAAAUUAUUAAAGCUAGAAAGUAUGCAGUAUAGUAUUAUAAAGAUUCCACAUGGCUACAAGUGUCUCAAAUUUAGCCACAGAAAAGUCUGCGAAGGUCAUGGUGGUAAUGAAAGACAAUGUUUCACAAUAUGUGUAUAUUUAUUAGUGUUGUCAAAGGAGACAUAUUAUUUACUACCUUGUAUUGUGGGCAGGCAGACCCACCAUUAACUUGAAAAAUUAGAUCAUUUCCUAUUUAUGAAGAUACCCUUUUGUAAUCCUUUGAUAUAUUUUACUCAUUUGUGCUGUACUUGUGUUGCCAAAUAAAGCUCCAUUCCUGUCCUGGGAUGAUGCUACAGUCAAAAUAUACCACUUGUGGAACGUA